AUGGAGAUCCAAACCUUGGGUACUAUGAAUGUUCCUCCACCAAUGAUGGAGCCAAGAAACAGUUUGUGUCCACCAGAGUCAACCUUAUGGAUGGGAGAUAUGAAUACAAAUUGGACGACGGAUUUCAUAAAGAUGGCAUUCGAGAAGUUUGAGCUGCCUGUCAAGAACGUCAAGUUUGUAACAGAUAAAAAUACAGGAAAGGUGAGGAAUUUAGUUGUUAUUUAUUUAAUUAUUAUGUAUAUUGCUUUAGAUGGCUCCGUAUUGUUUUGUGGAGUUCGCAAAUGAAGACGAUGCUCGAACAGCUCUCUUGAAGGCUAACGGAAGACAUGUGCCUAAUGAUGAUGAAAACAGGCGAUUUCACUUAUCAUUUGCCAACUCACCAGAUCCGUAAGUUCAUCUUAUAAUUGUGUUACCUAAAUUUAUAAAGUUUAGCUUGAUCGUUGUCUAAAAUUUGAUUUUUAAUACUUUUUUGUUUAUAUGUUUGAAUGUUUGAUACUUAAAAACCUAAUGUUUUCUAUAUUUUCAGACAUUUGGAGUUCAACCUUAUGGUCAGCAAUCUUCACCGAUCCGUAGAUGAAGUUGUGUUGUUUAAGGUAAGUUCUUUCUUUCAUUUAAUUAAGUUUUUAGUUAUUUGGCGAGAAGUAUCGAAGCUGCCGAGGUGCAAAAGUCUAUCGAACUCCGGAGGGUGCAUCUAAAGAGACGGGAUUCAUUAGGUUUAUGUCAGAAACUGAUCAACAAAUGGCUUUGGUGGAGAUGAACAAGGUGAAAGUAAAAGGAAAAGAGAUGAUACUAAAGCUGGCACAGCCCAAGACAAGAGUAGGCGGAGCCAGACCACCUAGAGGAGCAGUGGGCAUGAGAGGACCACCUUCUUAUGGGUCGAAUAGUCAAGGUAUCGGGUUUGGAGGUAUGGGCGGUGGAUUUGGCACUAAUCAGGUAAGAAUUUCGGUAUUAAAAUUGUUGUUGAAAUAAAAGUUGUAAAUGUUAUUUUUAUUUUUUACAUAAAAUCUUAGAACUAUAUUUUUAAAAAUGCUAAUUUAGGUAAUGAACACUUAUGCUGGCUAUGGAGGUACUCAGACCCCACAGUAUGAAUCUCGAGAAUACCCCAGAGGCAGUAGAAGAAGAACAAGAGAGAGAAGGUCACGGUCGCCGACUCCAGAACGUGUAGAACCCAAAGUCUUUAUAGAACGUGCGUUUGUAUUUCAAUUUACAUUAUACGACUUUCUAAAUGCUUCAGGACUUUUUAAAAUUACUUUACUUGUACUGUAGCAUGCUUUCUUGGUCAUAUUCAUUGUGUUUCUGACCAUAACUUUAUUUCUUUUCUAUUUUCAGCGACAGAAGCACCAACACCUCAAGAACACAACGAAUUCUUCAUGGAAAACGAAUGGGACCUUCAGGUAUCGCUGGACAGAUGUCGCUUCUCCAAGAUAUUGAUUCCAUCUGAUCUGAAGGCGAAGGAUCUGGGUGUACAGUUAUACGAGGUCAACUGA